CUGCAAUCUUCAAUUGUCCAUCAAGUUCCAAAGACGACUUAAAAGAGGUACGGCCAGUUGCAAAAACCAGUCGGAGUUGCGAAGGUAAACUAUCAACCUUUCUUCAUAAAACGAAGCACCAUGUUGAUGAUAACCUUACUUAUGGUGGCGUUCUUGGCUCAUGUCACGCAAGGUGUAACCAGGUACAAUACUGGCAGGGGCACCGUUUACAAGCUAUCAGUGGUACAAGAUGUCACGCUUGAAAGUCCAAACAGAAACUUCAACUAUUUGCCGUUCCUUCUCGUUUCUCAGCAUCCUGGUUAUCCCAAUAAACGAUCGCUUGUAAAGUUUGAACAGCUACCGAGGUACUGCCCAGCUUACAAGAUCGUAUCUGCGAAGAUGUACCUGUACUAUGUCUACGCACAUAAGGCCAGCUGGCAUCCCAUUACCAGAACCCCUUUUAUUCGCCGUUAUAUGCAGGUUCAUUUGGUGAAAAAAUCCUGGAACGAGUAUCAAGCUACCAGCUCCAAGCGUUCAUCAUAUGCCUAUUGGUCGAAGCGAUACCUUGGUUUGGAUAACACUGACGCAGAGGCGGUUCCUCAGGAUCGAUCACCAGUUGUUAUCUUUCCAUAUCGCCCUCGAGGCUUCGUGGAGUUCGACAUCACACGAGCAGUCAGAAGUUGGCAGAGAGGAGUACCUAACCACGGCCUUGUGAUCCGUGCAAUUAAUGAGUUUCAGAGGGGAAGAGGCAUUCGGUUUGCAAGCAACGCAGAUCGCGAUCGUUCAAGACAUGCGUAUGUGCUUGUUCUAUGCAGACAGUAAAGAAAACUUGUCAUUCUUACCCUCCCUGUUAUCAAGAUUAUAGUUUAAUCGUAUCGUAUCACAGAUAGGGGGU